AUGAAUAGUUUAGUUAAAAGAGAAAGAGAAUAUGAAGAAGAACAAAAAGAAAGUGUUAAUUCAUUUAAUAAAAUUAUUAAAUUCACAAUUACAGAUAAUAUUGAAUCAGCAGGUGGUGAAAUAUUAUUUUGGAAAUUAUUUAGAAAUAAAGUAAUUUAUAAAAUCAUAUUCUCAUUUAUGGAUAAUCGAUUCUCAAUAAAUUAUGAUUCAAUGUCAUCAAUUAAAAAUCUUAUAGACAAUAAUAAAAUCAAUAUAUUAAAAGAAAAAGUUUAUAGAAAUUGUAGAUAUUUACAUUUCAAUUAUGAAUUAGAACCUGCAUUAUUUUUUGUUAAAUUAUUUUCAAAAAUUAAAGAUGAUGAUUAUAAAUUCUAUAGAAACCUUUUAAAUGGUGAUAAUUGUUAUUACAAUUCAUAUUCAAAUAUAUCAACAGCAUUAAUUUUAUCAAAGAAUUUAAAAAUUUUUAAAUUAUAUAUAAAUGAAUUCAAUUAUAAACCGACAGAAACUGAUCUUUUUUAUUCAAUUAUAAUAGGUUCAAAUAAAUUCAUUAAAUAUUUAUUAGUAUUGAAUCCACCAAAAUCAUCAUCAUCAUCAUCAUCAUCAUCAUCAUCAUCAUCAUCAUCAUCAUCAUCAUCAUCAUCAUCAUCAUCAUCAUCAUCAUCAUCAUCAUCAUCAUCAUCAUCAUCAUCAUCAUCAUCAUCAUCAUCAUCAUCAUCAUCAUCGUCAUCAUCUUUAUCAAUUUUAAAAUUAUUUUUUUUAAAAUAUAAAAACUUAAUCUUUAAAAUAAGUAGAUCAUAUUAUCCAAUUGAAAAAAUUAAAAUAUUUAAAGGAUUAUUAUGUUUUUUAAAUAUGAUUGGUGAUCAUAAUUAUUAUGAAGCUUAUGAAAAGAAUAAUCAUCAAAUAGCAAUAGAUGAUCUUAUUGGUUCCUUUAGUGAAAAUCCAUAUAAUAUCGGUAAAGGUUUGGAAUUUAAUGAAAGAUCAACAUUGAAAACAUUAAUCUCAAUUUGUAAAUUAAUAUUAUUAUUAAAGAAAUCAAUUGAAAAUGAAAUAACGUUAAUAAAAAAUGAUGAUCAUGAUGAUUGUGAUUUAAAAAUAAAAAAAGAAACAUUAAGACAAUCAUUUAAAUCAAUUAUAACAACAGUAACUAUUCAAGAAAUUGAUAAUUUCAUUAUUAUUCAAAAAAUAGAUAAACAAACUUUAAAUUCAAUAUUAGAGGAUCCAAUUAAUUAUAAUAAUAAAGAAGUUAAAUGUUUUAUUAAGAAAUUAUUAAAUUUAUAUCAAUUAACAUUUAAAUAUAUACCAAUAGAUUUAUAUUUAUGUUAUUAUGAUUUUGGUGAUGAUUCCGUUUUAGAUUACAAUGAUAUUGUAGGUAAUAAAUAUAAAGCUGCUUUUAAAUUUGGUAAUUUCGAAUUGUUGCAAGGCCUAGAUUUAAUUUACGAACGAUUAUUACCAAAGAAUCUUGGUAAUUUUACCAAUAACCCUCUUUGGCAGAAUAGCCCGUACACAGAGAAUUUUAUAGUUUUAUUCUCACAUUGUUUUGAUAGAGAGAAAAAGAUUAAAUUCAUUGAUCAGUUGAUUGAAAGAAAUACAAAAAAAAAAGAAUUGGAUUUUCAAAAUCAUUUCUUCUAUAUGCUUAUAAUGCAUGGUGACAUUGAAUUAUUAAAAUACUUUUCAAAUAAAGUUGGUACAAAUUUGUUUUAUUUCCAUUCAAAUGAUAAAAUUAUACCACCAACCUAUUAUAUAAAAUCAAUUGAUAUGUUGGAAUAUUUAUUUAAUAAUCAUAGAAAUUAUUUCAUAGAUUUACAAUUUCCAAAUGGUUAUUGCACAUUUUUUAAAAGUUUACAAUUUUUACAACACUUUGAAUCAUUAUUAGUUCAAUAUAAAUCAAACAAUCCAUCAAUCAUUGGAAAGGAUCCAAUUAGUUUUAUUAGAUAUAAUUUUGACUUUAAAAGAAACGAAGAUUAUCUUGAAUUGAUAUAUCACUUUGCAACAAAUUCACUAUACAGUAAUGAUAGAAAUGAAUGUGUUUACUUGUUAUCGAUAGAUAGUAAAAAUUAUGAAAUAAACCAAAUACAACCUUUUCCAACACCACUUGAAACCAAAGGAACUUUUUCAAUGAAAUAUUUAAAAUUAUUAGAUUUAGCAUUUACAGAUAGUAAUCAUGAAUUAGAAAUUAAGAGUAAAUAUUAUAAUAAUAAUAAUAAAGAUCACUAUUAUCAUUUUCUUUUUGCAAUAGAUAGAUGUGAUUUAGAUGACAACAGCAACUACCAUACUACUAUCAAUUUAUAUUAUGAUUUGAAAAAUGUUGAUUUUCUUUUUAGAUUAUCAUCAUUAAUCGAUCUUGUUGACAGUCGCACUCCAUAUUUAUUUGAACUUAAUAAUUUCAAAUUUUUAAAUUGGUUUUUAACAAAGAUUAAAAAUUAUUAUUAUUCAUCCAAUACAACAUCAACUCGAAAAUCAAAAAUUAAACGUAUACUUCAUGAAUUUAUGAUUAAAAAUAUAUCUAAUUCAAGAUUAAAAGUACUUGAAUACAUUCAUCAAAAUUUUGAUUUUAUUUUAAAGAAAGAGUCAGAUGGUGGAAUAUUAACUUCUGAUUAUUUAACAUCUUACUUGAAUAGAACAAUUUCCAGAGGUUUAAUUAAAGUUUCAGAAUUUCUUUCUCAAUUUAUUACAUUAACUAAAGAUAAAUUAGAGAUUAUUUCAAAUGAAAAAUUAAAAUUAUACUUUUUAAACAAACUUAAUAAAAAAUAA